AUGAUCCAGCAAAUCCAGCGAGCAGUUGAGGUUGCGAAUUCGGCAACAACAGACGUGGAACUCAAGAAACAAGCGCUUGAGUUUUUAGAACAAGCAAAAGCCAGCGAGACGGCCGCACAGGUGUUUUCGUCGUUGCUGGAAGAUGCAAACAGCACGGAAAUUUCGAAAUUCGUGGCGUUGCAAGCGCUCAGUGAUCUUGUGAUUCAAAGUGGCGAGCCCCAACUCCAGUUUAUGAAGCAAGCAUGUCUCGGGAUAUUGGCACAGAAAGUCGCAGCAGAUGUACGAGAUCCCGAAUAUGUGCGUAACAAAAUUGCGGAAUUUGCGUCGCGACUUUUUUAUUGCAUGUACGGUAGCUCCAAUGGCAAUAGAUGGCCUCAUUUUUUUCAAGAGUUGGCAAGCGUGUUGAAAAUCGAGCCUGUACUUGCAAGUGCCGCGGGGACCAAUUUUUCACAAUUGGGACUGGAUUUUUACCUCAAGAUCUGUCUUUUCAUCAACACUGAAAUCGCCGAUCAAACGUUUGUGAGAUCCAAGGAUAUUCAGAACAAAAACAAUCUUUUGAAAGAUGAAAUGCGCGUUGGCGACGUACAAUUGCUUGCAAAUUUGUGGCUCAACGUGCUGAAAUCGUAUGGAUUACAGCAAUCGUCAUAUCAUUCUGCAAAUUUGUCACUUUCAUGCAUCGGGUCCUACAUUUCAUGGAUAGAUAUAAACUUGGUCGUAAACCCGGAAUACAUCAAUCACAUUAUCCAAUUUUUGGACUAUCGUGACUCCAAAAUCGCAUGUGCACAAUGUUUGUGCGAAAUCGUUUCCAAAAAGAUGAAACCUGACGAGAAACUCGCCCUUUUGUCCAUGCUUAACCUGACGGAAAAAGUGGCAGAAAUUGGCAAUGACGCUGUGGAAAUACAAGAACAACUUGCUCGACUUGCCACUUCCGUCGGGCUAGAACUAUCCAUCAUCAUCGAGCAAUGCAACGAUAGUAGCGGCGAUGCCAAACUCCAAGAAAUCGCCGCCGCAGCCGAUCAUGAAAUCAUAACACAUGUAUCUCCGCUCAUUUUAAAAUUCCUGGAACAUGAAUACGACUCUGUCACACAACAGUGUUUCCCCUGCAUUUCCCAGUAUCUCAUUUUUUUGAAAAAAGCGUUUGCAAUAGGCGGUAAACCCGGAAGCGCCAUCGCUUUGAAUUCAAAGCGUAUACCAUUAGACCAAGAACACCAAGACUUUCUCAUUGCAUUAACUGCGGUUUGUUUCAAAAAAAUGCGCAUUGACGAAACUUGUGACGAAGACUCUAUAGAUGAGCUUGACGAAUUUAACGAGACAAUAAGAUCAAAAUUAAAAGUUUUUCAAGACAGCAUAGUGAUUAUAAACCCCAGCAUUUUCUUACAAAGCAUUUCUAACAACAUAAGCAGUCUCCAAACUAGUAACGAUUGGAGAGACUUGGAAUUGGCGUUGUUUCAAAUGCAUAACCUCGCAGAGAGCAUCCGGAAUAAUUUAUUUGGUCUUAGCAAGAAGGACAUUUUCACAUCGGAACCACAUAAUGUGUUCUGCAAAUUUCUAUCCACUUUUUUGAAUGAUCCCAAAAUCUUCCAAAUUGAAAACGCGCUAAUACAGAUUUCCUUUUUUGAAUUAAUUGUUAGACAUCACAUAUUUCUAACCAAUGUUCAAACUUCCGAAAGUAACAUUUUGAGCAUUUUUUGCAGUCCUUUUGGGAUGUUCAGCGCCAAAGAGAGAGUCCGGUUAAGGUCUUGGUAUCUUUUCUCGCGAUUUGUGAAAUGCACCAAGCCCAAAUUGGAAAAUUCCAUUUUGUCAGACCUUUUGUCUAAGGUUCUUCAACUCUUGCCUAUCAAAGCUGCUGAUCAAAACCCAGGCACUGGCGAUAUUGACACAACGUUUGACAAUCAACUCUACUUAUUUGAAGGUGUCGGGAUCCUAAUAGGUUCUAGCGAACUCACAACCUAUGAACUCUUGGAUGCUACUUUAGUUCCACUUUUUUCCGAUCUCGAGAACUGCAUUUCUGCUCCAAUUAAGUCACCCGACGUUGUGCUUCAAACGCAUCAUGUUCUCAUGGCGGUCGGAACUAUUACACGCGGUGUCCACUUUGGUAUAGUACCUGAGAGUCAAGUGAACAACGCCAACGUCAGCGGUGCACUUUUCCAACGGUCAUUGAUCGAAAAAUUUUACAAUGUUGCUGAGGUCAUUUUGGUAACGCUUUCCUAUUUCAACAGACACGAAGUCAUUCGCGAUGCUGCCAGAUUUUCGUUUGCACGUUUGAUCCCAAUUUUGAGCGACGAGAUUCUACCAUUUGCGAGCAGGCUCAUUUCAAUUUUCCUAAAUUGCGAAAUGAAAGUAAUUGAAUUGACCGAUUUCUUGGGCUUCUUAGGUCAAAUUGUGCAUAUGUUCGCCAACAAAGACGCCUGUUUUCAAUUGCUGAACAAUCUUUUGGGCCCAGUGAUCAAAAAAGUCUUUGACACGUUACUCUUGGCCUCAGAGACUCCAAAUGUUGUGGCAGCGUCCGCAGCUAUCGUGGGUGAACCCAGAGCAUCAAACGGGAAAAACGUGGUGAUAACGGAUACAAUUAGGGAGAAAGUGUCCCUGAAAAAGGCGUAUUACAAUUUCUUGCAAUCUUUAAUUUCCAACAGUAUGGCACCUCUCUUCGUGACAGAAACGAACAAAAACCUGUUGCCUACAAUACUUGAGGACCUGGUAACCUACACCACGGAAGAUAUUCACGAAACCUCAUCCAUGAAACUCUCAUUAAGUGUUUUGGUAAGUUUCGUCAAGAUUUUCGGCACGGGAUCCUGCAGUGAUUCGCAAUUGCCAGACUCUGGAUGUCCACCAACAUUUGAUAAAAUCGAAGGUUUAAGUGAAUAUUUCAUCGCCAAAGUCGUGCCAUUGGUAUUCGAGAUACCGUUCAAAGCAGAGUACGGAUUCAACAUUCAAGAUGGUAGCUGUCGAGUCGUUGCGUGUGACCUGUCGCGAGUUCUGAGCGCCCUACGUUCCAUUCAUGGCGACGUUAAUCAAAACGAAUGUUUACGAUUCCUAAACGAAAUUUAUCUACCUCAAAUCCAAUUUCCUCCAGAAUUGUCUUUGGAUUUUGUCCAGGCGCUGGCGACAAUGGAUGAGAAGACUUUUGAAAAAUAUUUCGUCAGUUUCAUCAAUAACAUCACUACCUGA